AUGCAAGCAUUUCAGGACCAAAUCGCCUACAGCAAAGUGGCCUGGUUGUCGGGUCGAGUUGUAUGGUCGUCGGUGCAUUUCCUGGGCUUUGUUUUGGUGCGCUCUCGCAAAGGCCAGGGCAUCCUGCAGGCGGUGGUUCAGUUCCGCUGCAAAGGAGUGGGGCGCAGAGGACGAGAAAUAACCACGUCAAGCACGGUUUCAAAUAUGAUGGCCCUGAGGGAGGUGCUGAAAGUUACAACUGCUGCCUUGAAACUUGAAAGUCGCCGUCUGAAGAAUAUUUCCUCUAAGAAAAGGAGUUACAGUUCGAAGACUUCGGGAACCAUGGAGUCCCAAACCCUGAGGGCUGUCUACAAAGAACAAUUUCUCCCCCGAACUUAUAUGGAUGUUUAUGGUCGUUUAACUGGUGAAGCUAUAUCGUCCAUGGCAGAAAAUCUUCAUGGCAUAUUUCAAUCGGAUCUCGCUCAGGGCGGGUCCUUACUGGAUGUGGGCACUGGCCCUACGCUUCUGACCUCGCUCUUGGCCUCCAGUCGAUUCAAUGACAUCGUACUGAGCGACUUAGUUGAAGCAAACAGGUUGGAACUUCAAAAGUGGCUCAAUAAGGAUGAAGAUGCCAUCGACUGGACCUUCCGUGCAGAGGAGAUUGCUGCCAUUGAAGGAUGUAGCGACGUCAAGAAGGGGGCGCUGGAAAUACUGGAGCGUACGCGCAAGGCCAUCCGUAAGGUGGUUCCCUGCGACGUCCUGGAACCCCGAGUGCUCCCUGAGGAACACAGGGAGGCUUUCGACGUCGUCCUUUCAGUUGGGUGCCUGGACUCAGCAGCAGCAGACCACGAAUCUUUCCGAAGCGCGGUUCGCAACGUGGGAACACUCGCAAAACAGGGCGGUCUGCUAAUCAUUGUAGGCAUGGGAGGCGUCAAAAGCUAUCCCGUGGGAACCACUGAUUUCACCCACGCGAACCUCACCGAAAACGUGCUCAAAGAAGCCGUGAUUUACGCCGGUUUUGAGAUGACACAAUACCAGUACAAAAAACUUGGAUUAGUUGUUGGCAGCCCAGACACAUUCAGGUUUUGUCUGGCGGCCCGUAAAAUCUGA